UAUUGUAAGGAAUACUUGUAAUUUUAAAAGAGUUUAUAGUUCUCCAAAAUUACUUUUGAAUAUGAAUCUGUGAACUGUAAUUAAUUACUUGCAUUAAAUUAUAGAUACAUGUUUUGCACUUUAUUAUCAUUGUUUAUAUUUGGAAAACAUCCUUGUGUGAAUUUGGGACUUACAAUAGAACAAAUUUUUGACUGUCACUUUCUCUAUACGAACGGACGUUGACAAGUCACUAUGGACGAAAAUAGUGACAGCUUUUUGUAUCGGUUUUUUUUCGAUGUCAAUCGUGAACCAAACGUAAUUGAUUAUGUAUUUAGGUCAAUAUGCAUAAUAAUUAUUCUGCUAGUGAUCAAAAAAAUGUUAAGUGUGAAAAUGGAUGAACCUAAUUUUGUGAAAGAAAGACAAAAUUUAAAUCGACAGAAGGCUUCCUUGCAAGUCACUGCAGAGGCCAUUCGCACCUUAUACAUGAUGCGAGGAAUGCAGGAUAACAGAUUUAAACGAAAAGAAAAUGAAAAUUUGGAAAAUAGUACAUAUGAUCCAAAAAGUGAAAGAAACACAAACAUUUUUCAGAAUAAACGAAAAUCGUCUACUUCUGUAAUAGGAGAAGAAGAUUUAGAUGGAAAUGAGACUGGAUUUGUUAUAACUAAAAACAUUCCUUUAAAUGAAACUAAUAAGGCUGCUGUAAGAUCGAUGAACAUAAUUGGAAAAAAAGUGGACAAGUUCAAGGUUAUUACGCCAAGGGAUGUUGUGAGUCUUGAUGUUGAAGAAAUGCCUGGCAUAAAAAGUCAAUUUAAAGCAUCAGGACCAGAACCAAUGAUUAAUGCUUCAAAAUCGUCCAGUCGUGCAUCAGUAAAAAGCCAGUGUGGUGAAACCAAAAGUACUUCCAGUUACUUAUUAAAAGAUAGUGAUAGCAUGAAAUCCAUGAACCGAAGUAUAAGUAGUGCGUCAUUGAAAAGCAAUUUUGGCAAUCGAUGUUCUAAAGAUGACACAAGUCUGAAUAGUGCAAAAUUUGAUGGAAUGUCUUCUGUAUCUAGUCAGUUAACUUUAGGUGGAAAAACUAAAAGCAGUUUAUAUUACUCCACAAAGAGCAACGCCUCUCUGCGAAAUACCACUGAACAUUAUUUAAGUUCACCAUCGAAAAAUAAUUUAAAUUUGUCUAAACACUCGCUUGGUUCGCAUCAAAAGUUACCUGAAUUGAAGAAAUCUCAAUCGAGUUUGACAUUGAGUUCAUAUAUGCAAAAUAAUGAUUCUAGUCCUCGGUCUAGAAUCAAUACAAGCGCCGUAAGUUGUGCUGAUCAAAGCAAAGCUGAAUUGAUGAGCACUCCUCCAAGAAAAUUUGUGCGUCCUGCUUCACGUAUUCCAACACUUUCCAAAGUGGAAAAUAUUAGAAAGACUCCACUAAGCAGUGCUGGACGGACCCCUCCAAGAAAGGUUACAACUAAACAAAAUAUAAAUAAAGGUCCUUCAAAGGGCCGCAAGUAAAAAUAAUAAUCUUCAUCAAAACUUAAACAAAAAACAAAAAACAAAAAAAAAAUGUAUAUAGUAGUAUUAAGAAAUUUGCAUAAUAUCAUAGUUUAUCCAUUGGUCCAUAGUCCAUUGUCCAUAAAAUUGUAUUUAUUGUCUUACUUUUAUCUUAACUUUUAAAUGUUUAUGUUAAAUUUUUGUAUUUAAAUAGUUAAUAAGUAGUUAUUAGUUUAAUUAAUGACGGCAUAGAAACAGACGUCAUUAAGACAACGCUGCGUUUCCAUUGGUACAUAAGGUCUCUCCAAAUUACAUCACAAAAACUGAAAUUUUCAAAAACUGGCCCGCCUCAUUACAACCAAUAGAAGUAACGAAUAAAUACAUAUCGAUGUACCAGGUUAAUUAAAAGGAUCCAUACAUACAAUUAUAAUGACGCUAAUUUAUAUCUGUAAAUAUUUGUGCUCCGAACCAUGCCAAUAUUAUCAAGAUGGCGAUGCAUUCCACCAUUAACUCCAAUAGGGCUUUAUGCAGAUCUCAAAACCAAUAUAUUUUGAUAUAAAUUUUGCAGAGCUAACAUUAAAGAACAUAUAUUUUGUAUAUAUUAUUUACU